GGGGAGGGGACAAAAGGGGGAGGAGGCUGCCCAUAUCCUCAUUUUCGUUCUUACUUCUCCUUACCCAUACACCUUCAUGUUCUGCAACUGAACCUCUUAAAUGCCCUAAAGCACCUACGUUUUAUGCUUUUUUGCUUUCUCACUACAUAAGACGCAACAUGCAUUUCUCCUACUCGCCAAAUUAGUAGAACAUUAUACUUUUCUUGCUAUCUAUCAACCUUUCAUACCUUCUAGAGUAUCUUUCAUAAAAUGUCAGCCACUUCUUGUCUUCUUCUUUUCCUUCUGUGCGUUUCUAUGCAUGCAUGUAAUGCCCGGGGCCGGCAUCUAAUUCGUGCAGUUGAUAAAAAGCUGGAAAAGAAACGCCACUUUUCCUUCAGGAAUGAUGAGAAGACGGGUUCUGAUGAGAUUUCUGCUGUGUCAAAGGUGAAGCCUUCCUCAUCAAAGCAACAUGAAAUGGGAAGAAGGGAGAGCAUAGCUGGAAUCCUCUCAAGUGAAAACACUCCAAAGCAAAACGAGACAAGGAGUGGCCCGAAAAUACCUAAAGUGGAAGGAAAAACUUCAGGUGCUGUUCAAACUGAGUCUCUAGAAUCGGUUUCUUGGCAUGUUCCCCACAAGAAACGCAGUGGAAAAGAUCCUGGGUUCAACUUGGACUACUCACCACCAAAGACACACCCUCCUUCUCACAACUGAGUAAUAGUUCUGAUCGAGGAAAAAAAAUCCCGAGGUCCCUUUUACUUCAAUCAUUCUCUGGGUUCUGAAAAACAUGAUAUCAGUACUGUAGAACUUGUAGGGCCUCUCGCUUAUCCUAGGUUCAA